AUGAAGCUCCUCUCCGCUCUCCUCCUUUCCUCUGCACCCCUCCAAAUCUGGGCUGCAUCUCUACCGCUGUUUGGACAGUCUCCCAUCAAGAGCUUGGAGGAAACCUUCCCCGUUGCUGGUGAAAAUCCUCUUGAAUACUGUGCAAACCCCAAAAAUGACAUCCUCGAGAUCAUUUCGGUUAACUUGACUCCUAACCCUCCAAUUCCUGGCGAAAUCCUCACCAUCGAAGCAGAAGGCAUAUUCCACGAAGCCGUUGAGCAGGGAUCCAAGAUCCAUCUCCAAGUCAAAUAUGGCUUGAUCCGAUUAGUGAACGUAGAAGCCGAUCUGUGUGACGAGAUCGAGGGCAAUACGGAUCUUACCUGCCCUCUGGAGGGACACAAAAAGUUUGCCAAGGAAGUUGAGAUCCCUAAGGAGGUUCCUCCUGGCAAAUACACUGUUCUCGCCGACGUUUAUACUGAGGAUAAGGUCCGCAUUACCUGCCUUCAGGCCCACGAUAUCAUCUUCCAUUAA